AUGGAGCUGUUACAGAAUUUUAUGAGUGCACCCCAAAGUGCCACUGAGAAAGAAGUGGACGAUAAUAUAACUACUAUUGUUGAUAGGCUAGCACAUGCUACUCUGGUUUCAGAUAGACGAGGCGCAGUGUUGUCUUUGAAGAGCUACAGUAGACAGUAUAGAGAAAUUGUCAUUGCCAAAGGUUUGAAGCAGUUACUAAAUAUACUACAUCAAGAUGCAUUUGAUGGAGAUAUUGUCAAAGCUGUAUUAGAGACUCUAUUGAUUUUGUUUAUCAGGGGUGAAGGUAACAAUGAUUUAACUAGAGACUGGAUUAACUCCCAAACAAGAGUCCAAAAUGGGAAAUAUCCUUCUCCUUCAAUUUUGAUUCAAAAUAUAAAACCCGAUCAGUUCUCCCUUUGGAUCGCUGAUGAAUUGACUCAAGAUUUAUCGAAUUUGGAAUUGCUCGUGGACAUUCUAGAAUUUGAUGAUAUUCACAUCAAGAUUUAUACAUUGCAGCUCCUUCAGGCAUUGGUUUCGACCAGAAGCAAAAGAACUCAAGAAUUGAUUAUGAAAUCCCCAACUGCAAUCUCAAAAGUCUGUCAAGUUUUAGAUGAUGAUUAUGAGCCAAUAAGAAACGAGGCAAUCUUGUUUUUGAUGGGUCUUGCUAGAGAUAGUUUUAACAUCCAAAAGCUUGUGGUUUUUGAAAACACUUUUGAUAAAUUAUAUAAGAUCAUCGACGAAGAAGGAGGUAUUCAAGGUACUAUUGUUGUUCAAGAUUGUCUGUCGCUAAUCACCAAUUUAUUGAGAUACAACUCUUCGAAUCAGAAGUUCUUUAUUGAAACGAAUUGCCUAUCUCAACUACUAAAUUUGAUCAACCAAUGCCUGGAGUCUAAUACUCCAUUUGUUUGGAAUAACCAACGAUUGGAUAAUCUCAUAUCAACAUUAGAGACUUGCCGUUUGUUUGUCAUUAAAGACACUCAAGAUAUUGCUCAAGCACAAGAGAUUUUUGUUGAUAGUGGUAUUAUGCUAGCAUGCUUGAAAUUAGUAUUUUCCUUAAAUAUUCCUAACGAGAUUAGAGUAACUUCAUUAUUGACAGUCUCAGAUAUUAUUAGAGGUAAUAAUGAAGCUCAGUUUAAAUUCUCUCAAGUGGAUGUUCCAUACUUGGAUCCAAGUUUACCUUCAAGUGCCCAAAAAUUUGAAGAUAUUGUUCCGAUUACUGUAGCAUUAUUGAAUUGGUGCUUACACGUGAAUUCGGUUCAUUGUUUCGAUAUCCGAUACGCCGCAGCUUAUACAUUGCAUGCAUUUUUUAAAGAUAACAUGGAGGCUAAAACCGCAUUCAUAGAUGAUCAAAUAUAUACCUUUAAUACACUCAAUGGUGUUAUUUCUUCCGAAACUGAGGAGGAGAAUACUGUAAACGGAAAAGAAAGAGAAGAAAAUGUCUCAGAGGGUAAAAAUAUUGUCGAAAUAUUGGGUAAUGCAAGCUCGCAUGUGGAAAAUGGAGCUUUGGAGCUAAACGGUAAUUCCAUAGAUAUUGCAGAGGGUGCAACUGAUACAACCGCAAUCAAUAUUGAUGCUUUAGAGUGUAAGGCAAACGUUUUUCAAACAUUGAUUCAAGUAGAAAACCAUAAAUUAAAUCCCUAUAAGGUUUGGUUUGCAUCAGUGAUCCUAUUGUACAUUUUUGAAGACUAUACAGAGAUUAAGAAUAAACUCAUCAAGGUGAAAAUCAGUCUGCAAGAGCCGGAUGAUGUAAGUGGAGAAGGGGAUGAAGACGAGGAGGAGGAUGUAAUUACAAUAAUCCCAGCGAUUGCCCAGGCAUUGUCCCUCUCUUUGAAACAAUCUGAUAUUAGGGUCCCAAUUUCCUACGUAAUGCUUUUAUCUAAUUGGUGCUGGGAAAAUUACAAAGCAGUCGAUGAGUUUUUACGAGACUCAUCCAUUUUGGACCAAUUACUAGCAUACGUGGUUGAUCCUGCAAACGAUAGUGGAUUAGUUCAAGGCUUAAUCUCUUUCUUGAUUUCUAUAAUUUAUGAGUUUUCCAGGAAAACUUCCCCAAUCAGUCGUGUCCAAUUACAUCAACUUCUAGCUAAAAAAGUUGGAGUUCACUCUUUCAGUCUAAAAAUUCAACAGUUUGUGAAAAAUAGUUGUGUUGUGAAGUUCAAGGAAUCCGAUUGGAAAAAACCAAAAAGAGAUGACUCUGGGUUACCCGAAGUUUACUUUGAUGAAAUAUUCAUUGAUCAAGUAAAUGAAAAUUCACAAAGGAUGACUAGAGCUAUCGGUAAAGAUCCCGAUAGCGAGCCCAUAAUAAAAUUGGACUACUCAUCGUUUGAAGAUUUACAAUCUAGGUUAGAAAAUAUUGUCCACGAAUAUGAGAGCUUUAAAGAUGAUGCAAAUCUUAAUGCAACCAAACAGUUGCAGGAAAUUGAGAAGACAUCUAAAGAGUUUGUUGAUUUAUCUACUAGAUACGAGAAAUUAUUGGUUGAUCUAGAGGACGUCCAAUCAGAGAAGGAUAAACUAUUGGAAAAGCUAAAGUAUUCCACUGGUGAAAUAACGAAACUAGAGAGCCAACAGAAAAGUUUGGAGGAUAAUAUAACAGGUUUGAGAAAGGAACUUGAGGAAUCAAAGAGUAAAUGGAAAUUUUUUGAAGUUGAAAACAAGAAGCUUCUAACGAAGUUGGCAGAAGCAGAAAAGGGCAAAAAGACAGCAGAAGAUGGCAUCAAUAAAAUGAGUAGAGAAUUGAUGAAUUUUACCAAGGAAAAAACAUCAUCAGAGAAGAGGAUCAUCCAGUUAGAAAAGGAUUUAAUGUCAUCCAGAGAACUUUUGGAUAAAACAAAAAAGGAUCUGAAAGCAGCUGCUCGGCAAAAGGAUGAUAUAAUUGGAAACUUGGAAAAUCAAAUAAAAAGCUUGGAUGUUGAAUUAGAUGCCCUUAAGGAUGAGCAUACCAAGUUAGUGAAGUCUGCAUCCGAAAAAGAUCUGAAACUUGCAGAGCUUGACGACAAAUCAUCCGAUUUGUUGAGUAAGCUCAGGACUGCAUCUGAAAUCAUUGAGAGUUUGAAGUCACAAAAGGAUACCGCUAAUUCUGACUUGUCCCAAUAUAAAGAACACGUAUCUCUGGAAUUGAAAUCCUUGAAAAACUCGCUAGCUGAACUCAAUAGAGAAAAGACAAAGACCAUAGAGGAGAAGAAACAAUUAGAAGCAAGAGUAGAAAGUUUACAGGAUGAGUUGACUUCAACGAUUGAGGAGUUCACCACCUUAGAACAGGAAAGUUCAAAGGAGAUUGAAAACUUGAAUUCCACGAUUGAGAGCUUAUCUGAUGGGUUUGAAGCUAGCGAAGAAAGAACCAAAGAACUAGAGGCUGCUAACUUGGAGCUAAGGAACCAAAUUCAAAAUAUGCAAAAGAAAUAUGAUGAGACUGUUGCUAAAUAUAAGGAGGAGAUUGAAAACUUGAAAAGACAGCAUACUGUUGAAAUCGAAUUGUUGAAGAACAAUCUGAACAUUAGCGAGGGCCAGCAGUCAGAAUUAGAAUCCAAACUAGGAAAGGCAAACGAAGAAAUCGUGAAAUUAGCCAAAACGGUUGAAGAGAAAUCUGCCUGCUUUAAGAAAAUUAGUUUAGAAAAAGAAAAAGUUAUAGAUGAAGUAAAUAAAUUGAGAUUGGAGAAGGAAGAGCUUGAACAAUCUUUAGAAUACACAAAAAAGUCAAGCAGCGGGGAAAUCGGAGAUCUUGAGGGAAAACUGGAGAAAUCAGCCGAACUUCUGAAGUCUAAACUAGCCGAGAAUAAAAAACUCACAGAAAAAUUAGACAAUUUAGAACUAUCCAAGACUAAAGAGUUACAAAAUCUGAAUAAUUCCAUCAUUGAUGUAACCAAAAAGCUCGAGGAGGCGGUGCACACCAAAAAUGAACUUGAAAAUGAAUUGGUCUCGCUGAAAAAGUCAUUUGAAGCUCAUAUAAAGGAGUCUAAAGAUGAAAUUGAAAAGCUUAAUGGAAUAAGGAUAAGCUUAGUACAAGAGAAAGACUCCAUUAAUGAAAUGUUAAGUAAAGAAAAAGAAGAAAAAAUUGCCAUUGUUUCUGAACUUGAAACGGCUAUUGCAUUGAGGCGUUCUGAGCUUGAGAAUAUCGAUGCAAAAUAUUUGGGUUUACAGGCGAGACACGAGGAAGUUUUAAAUGAAAAGGCCUUGAUUGUUUCCAAACUAAAAGAAGAAACUCAAUCGAUUGAAAAACUAAAAGCAGACUCGGAUGCCAAAACAACUGCUAUUACCCAUGAAUUAGAGAGCUUGAGAUUGACUAAAGAAAAGGAGAUUUCCAAGUUGCAAGCUGAGUUAUCCUUUACCCACAAUUCCCUUUCACAGAAAGAUACUGAAAAUUCCGCACUCCAUUCGGAACAUGAAUCUUAUAAGGAAGAAAAAAAGGUUGAAUUGAAAGAACUGCGUAAAGAGCUUGACAAUAUCACAGAAUCACUAAAACUCUGUGAAGAAAAAGCCCAUGAAAAGCAGACGAUCUUUGAUGAACUGAUGAAGGGAAAGGAAACGGCUAUCUCUCAACUAAAAUUCGAAUUAGAGGAAACAAUAUUAAAGCUAAACAAGAUUGAAUCUGAUAGAACAGCUUUAGAGGAUGAAAUUGCUGCAAUAAAAGUGGAAAAAGAAUCGGAAAUUUCUGAAUUCCAAAGUAGAAAUUUGGAAGCCACAGCUUCAAAUAAAGAAUUAGAGAAGCAAAAUGAAGCUAUACAGAACGAAUUAACGGAAUUGAGGGAAUCCAAAAAUGCCAAAAUUUCUAAGUUGAGCGAAACAGUCAAAUCUCUAAACUCAGAGAUUGAAACAUUGAAAAGAUCGAAUGAAUCUUCUCUUAAAGAAUUACAGGCGUCUGAAAAAGAGAAGGUUAGUAAGAUUACCGAGCUCAAUGCCAAAAUUGACGCUAUUUCUAAAAGUUCAAUGGCAGAUGGAAAGAAAGCUAAAGUUGCCGAAGAAGAGAAGUCUAAGUUAGAAAUAAAAGUUUCAGAACUUACCCUAGAACUUGAAAAUACAAGAGAGAAGUUUGAAUCUCACAAAAAGUCGUCUUCCGAAUCCAUCAAGAAAUUAGAAAAUGCCAAGAAGUUAGAUGAGGCUAAGAUUGAAAAACUUAAAUUAGAAGCUGCAGAACUUGGAAAGGUCGUUGAUACAAAGACUAAGAAAAUAGAGGAGUUAGGAUCCGAAUUGGAAAAACUAAAAUUAUCAAAGUCUGCAGAAAUAGAUACACUGAACGAACAAGUAAAACAUUUGAAUAGUAUUUUGGAGAACACAAAGUUAUCUAAUAAUGAUUUACAGACUACGUUUUCUUCAUUGAAAGAAAAUGCAUCUAAGCAAAUAGAUCAAUUGAAGGAUCAAUGCACUUCAUUUGAGGAAAAAGUGGAAAAGUUGACCAAAGAGAAGUUGGACUUAGAGAAAAAGCUUGAUUCCUUAACCACUGAAAGUACAUUGACUACAGAAAGCUUGAAUAGACAAAUUGUUGAACUUGAGAAUAAUUUAUUGGAAAUCAAAAAGAAAUACGAUGAUGUCUCUAGGAAAAUGGAAGAGCUUAGAUUAGAAUCCGAAAAGAAGACUGAAACUUAUCAGAAAGAAAAGUCAGAUCUACUCGGCAAGAUAGAGAAUGAUGAGAGAACAAAUAAAGAUCUGACAUCUAAAUUAGAAGAGUCGAAUGUUGAAUUAGUCAAGGCAAAUGAAGAAUUGCAAGCACAAACUAAUGAAAUGAGAGUAAAAAUUGAGGAAUUAAAAUCCCAAAUUGAAGUUUUAGAGACAGAAAAACAAUCAGUUGAGAAAAGUACAUCCAUUCAGCUGAAAGAAUGUGAGGGCGAACUGAAAGUAAAGAAAACAGAAAUUGAAGAGCUAAAGAAAGAAAAUACUAAAUUAGCCAAGGAGUUGGAAGAAUUAAGUAAUGACUCAGAAGAAAUAGCCAAAUUAAGAACUGAAAUUUCUGAACUGACUGAACAACUGAAGUCUCGCAACACUGAAGCUGAAAACCUUACCCAAAAGUUGAAGAACGAUGAUUUUACCAUAGCUAAAUUAAAUAGUGAGCUGGCCGUUGCAAAAGAACAGUCUGAGGACUUAAGUUCAGGGAAAUUAAAGGUUGAAAAUGAAAUAAAUACCAUGAGAACUAGCCUGUCCAAGAAACUUGAUGAAGCGCAGAAAAAGUUGAAAGAUGAGAUUGAGAAGAGAGAGUCAAUGGAAACUCAAAUCAAAAAGUCAAAGACAGAAUUAGAGGCUGCUAAUCAUUCUAAAGUAGUAGAGAUGGAAGUUCUUGCGAAUAUGUUGGAGGUGAAAGAAUCCGAAAUCUUAAAGCUUAAAAGGGAGGUAGAUUCUCUGAAGUCUUCCAUGUCAACCCUGGCAUCUGAUAAUGCUUCUGCAAAUGAAGAAAAGACUAACUUGUUAAUAGAGAAGGAACGCCUGAUUACUUCGUUGAAAGAAGAAUCGUCAAACUUAAAGGAAAGAUUUUCGAUACUAACAGGAGAGGCAAAAUCUAAGGAAUCCGAGUCAGCAGCACUGUCUGCGCAAUUAAGAACAAAAGAAUCAGAGUAUGUUUUAUUAGAGAAGAAGAUCGACGCCUUACUCAAAGAGAAAGAGGCGAUGGAAUCCAAAUACGGCGAAGGAGAAAAAAAUGAGAAGGCUUUAGAGAAGAAGCUCGGUGAAGUCACAAAUAAGCUUAAUGUAACAGAGGAAGAACUCAGGGAGGCCAAAUCCACUUCUGAAACAUAUAAAAGAGACAAACAGAAACUGGAGACUGACUUUGAGAAAACUAUUUCUGAGAUUAAGGAGCAAAAAUUAACCCUUGAAAAUGAGCUGAAGACCACACAAAAGAGUUUAUCAUUAAUGGAGAGGAAACUGCUCGAUUCGGAAAAGCAACUGCAGAAUGCACUUACUGCUAGUGAAAAUAAAAACAAAGAAGACCUGGACACUCUAAGAUCUAAAUAUGAAAUGGAAAUUGCCACAUUAACGUCUACUAAAAACAACGAACUGAAUAAACUAGUUUCAGAAAAGGAAGAAUUGGGAAAAUCAUUAUCUGGAAGUGAAGGCUUGAAAAGCACAAACGCCCAAUUGCUUUCAAAGAUUGCCGAUAUGGAGAAACAAAUGAAGUCAAUGAUUCCCCAAAGUGAGCUUGAUGAGGCAUUGAUGCUGCUUACGGAGGCCGACGAGAAAAAGGAUGAUUACAAACAGAAGCUCAUCAAUCAUGGAUUCAUUGAUGAUGUUAGUGAUGGUGACCUAGGAGACUCUGAUUCCGAUAUCGAUUCUGAUGCUGAUGAGAAUGCAACCUAA